ACUCGAACUCAGAUUGCUUAUGGAAAAUGGAAAUCAGCGGCCAAAUAGGCUUCCAUUUUUGGGAUUGUAUUCUCAUUCACGCGACCCGAUCAACUACUCCUCCUAUACUUGCAUCCAUACAUACACAAGCUAAUACGUACGUAUACAGUAUUCCCGAAUUCUCUUCUCGAGAUUGCCAAAUGCCAAAUCUUUGACCUCCUCUCCCUUCCUCUGCAUUCAAACGCGCGCGAUCUACAUCUCUCCCCACCCGUAUUCACGAAAUGGCGAUGGAGGCUGCGGAAUCCAACCACGACUCAUCUGCCGUCGACGAGCAACACGAGGAAUCUUCGCCUCGGAAUUCAUCGCCUCCUCCUUCGUCUCCUCCUCCUACUAAUCAAGACACAGAGAAGUCAACUUAUGUUAAGUUCCUUCUUUCAAAUCCCGAAGCUGGUUCUAUUAUUGGAAAAGGUGGCACUACAAUUAAUGACUUCCAAUCACGAUCCGGAGCUAGAAUUCAGUUAUCACGCAACCAUGAAUUUUUCCCUGGUACAUCUGAUAGGAUUGUGAUGGUAUCUGGGAUUGUUGAUGACAUACUCAAGGCACUUGACCUUAUUCUUUCAAAAUUACUGGAUGAGUUUUUUGUUGAUGAAGGUGGUGAUGCUGAGCCACGAUCAAAAUUUAGAUUAAUUGUGCCCAAUGGUUCUUGUGGUGGAAUAAUAGGGAAAGGAGGAGCCAUCAUUAAGACAUUCAUUGAAGACUCUGGAGCUGGAAUAAAGAUUUCUCCUCAAGACAAUAGUUUACCUGGGUUUCAUGAUAGGUUGGUGACUGUAACCGGUACUCUUAAUGAACAAAUCCGAGCUACUGAAUUGAUUUUGUACAAGUUGGCAGAAGACACUUCAUAUAUGCAGUCCAUGAAUGCCCCGUUUCCAUAUUCAGCAGCGUAUAUGGGAAUGAACUAUGCAUCAAAUGGAGUUGGAGGGAGAUUUCAGAAUAACAGAUACCCAAACAAGUUGCAGGAGGAUAGGAGCGACUCCGUGACAAUAGGGGUUGCUGAUGAGCAUAUUGGAUUGGUGCUCGGACGGAAUGGGAGAAACGUCAUGGAGAUAAGUCAGCUUAGUGGAGCAAGAAUAAAGGUCUCUGACCGGGGUGAUUUCAUAUCCGGGACUUCUGACAGGAAGGUAACAAUUACUGGCUCCCAAAGAUCAAUUCGUACAGCUGAGGCUAUGAUCUCCCGGAAAGUAGCUUCUGUCGUUGAGAGGUGAUGGAAUGGGCCUUACAUUAGCUUGUUGAGAAGGUUGUUCUUAAUGGUCACAUUCUAAUUUGCGGCGAGUCUUGAACUGCUUAUCUGAGGCAAGGAGAGCAAGUUUUUAUAGAAGCAAAUUAAGCUUUUAGGCAUAAGUGAUCAUAAUUUAUUUAAUCGAGAAGGGAUAUUAUUAGUUGGUGGUUGGUACAUCUGACAGUAGUGUUAUUGAGAAUACUUCCAGAAAAUAAUUAUUAUUUAUAAUCUAUAAUUUUUGAGAUACCUAGGGACAUUGCAUUGGAUGUGCCACUAUGUAUGGGAAGUUUUAUUAUAUUGCUUCUGUACAAAAAUGGUUAUUGUUAUUAAGAAUUAUCAGCGAAUAUGGCGUGAAACACAGAAAAAAGGGAGUUUCUUGCUUGAAGUUUACAUA